AUGAGUCGUCCGACCAACUCCGUUUUCGCCGCCCGGACUCUGGUGCUGGGUUUGGCCAAAUGCCUAUUUCUCACAUUUUCCCACCUGCCCCUUGCCACAGCUGCACCCGUGGUUUCAAAUUACCUCGCCUCUCUUGAUACCGAAGCCCCGAAAGAACCGGAGGAUCCGAGCUUAUGGCUGUACCUGGGAAUAUCUGCCGCCCUUGUCCUCAGCGGCGGGGCCUUUGCUGGGCUUACGAUUGCUUUGAUGGGACAGGAUGAAGUGUAUUUACAAGUGAUCCAGACAUCUGGAGAGGAAUCCGAAAAGAAAAAUGCAGCCAGUGUCUUGAGCCUACUGAAACGCGGAAAGCAUUGGGUUCUCGUCACCCUUCUGCUUAGCAACGUGAUUACCAACGAAACACUACCUAUUGUCCUGGAUCGAACACUGGGCGGCGGAUGGCCGGCUGUCCUGGGAAGUACAGCUCUCAUUGUUAUCUUCGGCGAGGUCGUACCUCAAUCUAUAUGUGUCCGCUACGGUUUGCCGAUUGGAGCCUGGAUGGCACCUUGUGUGCUAGUCCUGAUGUAUGUCAUGUCCCCUGUCGCUUGGCCAGUUGCGAAAUUGCUGGACAAACUUCUCGGCGAGGACCAUGGUACCAUUUAUAAAAAAGCUGGGCUGAAGACCCUUGUUACCCUUCAUCGAACAUUGGGUGAAGCAGGAGAACAACUUACCUCUGACGAAGUUACAAUUAUCAGCGCUGUUCUGGAUCUGAAAGAAAAAUCCGUUGGAACCAUCAUGACUCCCAUGGAAGAUGUUUUUACUAUGUCUGCUGAUACUGUCCUGGAUGAACGCACUAUGGACGUCAUUCUGUCUCAAGGAUAUUCUCGAAUUCCUAUCCAUGCACCUGACAACCAAAUGAAUUUUGUUGGGAUGCUUCUUGUCAAAAUGCUUAUUACCUACGACCCUGAAGACUGCAAGCGUGUUCGCGAUUUCGCGCUGGCAACACUUCCAGAAACCCGGCCUGAAACGUCUUGUCUCGAUAUUGUCAACUUCUUUCAAGAAGGAAAAUCUCAUAUGGUCCUUGUGUCAGAGUAUCCAAGUGAAGAUCGGGGUGCCCUUGGUGUGGUCACCCUUGAAGAUGUAAUUGAAGAAUUGAUUGGAGAAGAAAUCAUCGAUGAAUCCGAUGUCUUUGUUGACGUUCACAAAGCUAUCCGUCGAAUGGCCCCUGCACCGAAAUCUCGUGUACCGAAAGGCAAAAUCGUCGAAGAACCUCCAAUGGCGACUCCGAUGGGUGAUGGAGAGCUGAUCGAUGUAGAAGAUCCACUUUUAACUUCUGCUACACACCCCUCGGACCUCAUUCGUCGCCGCAGCUCCGUCGAAGCACCGCCUCCUAGGUUCCAGCUGCGUAGACAUGCUGACAACGAUACAAAUGCUCCCAAUGUUUGGAUCACACAGAGAGGCGCCACUGAUGAAAUUCGAGAACACUUGAAACACCUCGGUCCCUCAAACCUUGCCAGCAAACCCCGGCAAACCCGUUACCACGCUGUUAAAAUCAAGCGCGGCAAUACCUCUCCUUCACGCUCUGCGCAAACCGAUUUUGAAUCUGGGCAGAGCACAUCUGACUCACACCGCCAACCUUCUGCUCUCGGAUUUCAAGGUGGAAUUGGCGCAGGUCUUGUCAAUCCCGGCUCGGAUGCCAAAGAUGGUGCUCAUGCUUUAAAGAUUGGCUAUGGCACCAUGCCGACCAAUGAAACCGUGUCUAAAAGUACCAAUUCCGAACAAUUCAAAGAUCUCCCGCAAGUUUCAAUCCCAGAAGCAGUUCAUGAAGAGCGGGAAGACCAACCUCGCUCCGCUUCAACUCGCAAAGACAGCAGCCCAGCUGGUAGUAUCACAUCCACCGACUCACGUUCUGAAUUCAUUUAUCAUCACCGAGGCCCCACGCGAAGCGGCAGCAUUACUGAACAAAUAGUUGAUGUCAACGGCAUCCGCAAAGUUGUCCUUCACACAAAUGGCACAAACUCAUCUGAUCCAGAAGACAAACCCUCCCCUCCUCAAACCCGCUCAUCUUCUCUCGGCCGCAACAAUGGUCUGACUGAUUCCGCCGAUAAUUCCAACUCCAAUGCAAAGAAACGACGUCGGCGCAAGAAGCGGGGCCAUAACUCCAAGUCUGGACAUGGAGAAACCGGAGAGGACCAGCCUCUACUCCAUCAAUAA